AUGUUGGAUGCUCUAAGUAGACUUCUUGAGCACAUCCACCUCGCUCCCCACGAGCGCCAGGUGAAGGAAUACCUCGAAACAGCCACUAGAGAAUCCAUCCAGAGAGACCUCCAAAGGGUCCUCAAGCCUCUCAACCAUCCGUCAUCAUCAGCAUCGUUCCACCCGUCUUGCAUCAAGGAUGCCGACCAGAAAAGCCAAUGGACCCGCAAAAGCCUGGAAAAACACAUCACCAGCUCCCACCCCGACUCCGCACUCUCCUGCGACUCAAUUGACUUACUCUGGCGAUGCCUCCACUACUACGCCUACCACCCAUUCCCCCAAGAAGCCACGGGUGAAGCAAUCGAUCCCGACGCAUUCAACCGCGCCGUCGCAUUACUCGCGCACGGCGGGACCUGUCUCCUAGGCACCCAGGACGUUGGCGGGUACCACUGGCGCAACCACGAUGAUACGCAGUACAUCUGCCGAGCAAAUAUCGCAAGAAUGCUCCGGAGCAUCGGCCGUCCCGAGACCGUAUCGCUGCCUCCAGCUGAGCACCAGAAAGACACCCCAUCCGUGCUCAGCGACGUAGUAGACGUCCUCGCGACCACGCAACCAUACUCCAUCAAUCAGGCCCCAUCGCCAGAGCGACUGGACAUCACUGCACGGGAGCUCCUGACAGAGGAACCCGCAACUCCAACCCGGUGGCGUGUGAGUCGGCGGGAUGUCUCGCUUCUUAUCGCCUUGCUCCUUCACUUGAGAGUCUCGCCGACCAGAAAAUGGGAUCGAACCCGCUAUUUUGGUUGCUUUGCACCGUCUGACCGCGCGGAUGAGCACUUGGCUACCUGCCUCAUUCAGGGUAUAAUGCCCGAGGAUAGGGACUACGAUGCAGACGGGCUCGCUGGCAUACCUUUCGACACGCUGCCGAAUCUCCUCCCCUACUUCCACCAACUCUGGACCGUGCUAUUCCAGCCUCCGUGGCCCAGCCCCCAGGAGGAGGCUUUCAUUCCGGACGCGACAGAGCACAGAAUUCCCGCGCGGAUACUCACAGCCUUGUCGCUCUUCCUUCCCAUCCCGCAUCUUUUGCCUACUGACCCAGGGUCGACCUUCGGUAUGAAACCCAUUUCUUUCCAAGAGAUCGAAAUGCCAUCUACCAGCCCUACCUGUUCCGAGAUGGCCCAAGCUGUGCAAGGCGACGACACUCCGCGCAUUAUUCUAGCCACGAACGAGAACCACACCCAGGCCAUCGGGGCGUUCAUGCCUGCCUCACUGCAGCGGGACGCAGGCGACGGCACGACGCGAGAAUGCACGGUCGGGAAGACACAUUUAUUUUUCUACUUAGGCCAAGACUUCAGAGUCUUGCAAUGCAAGAAUCAACCGCGUCAUUUGUCGAAAACGAGGAUUUGGAUGGACGAUGAGGCCAAGGGCGAGGCGUCGUCGAUGAGAGCGUACUGUGUUGGGGAUGGGAUCAAGAGAACAGGUGCAGCGAGAUUACACUUCGAUCCUGCCCGAACGACAGCUUCUCUCCUUGGCGUCGAGGGACCAAACAUGGAAGGAUACGAAAAUGUGAAGAGCUGCCAGGAAACAGUGCCAGAAAACUGGGAAGUGGUGAUCAAUCCGAGUCGGGUUUAUGUCUUCUCCCUUGUGCUCUGA